UUUUGGCGAGGUUGCUGUUGUCAAAAUGAAGAACACUGAACGGAUUUAUGCCAUGAAAAUCCUCAACAAGUGGGAAAUGCUGAAAAGAGCGGAGACGGCUUGUUUCCGGGAGGAGCGCGACGUGCUGGUGAACGGCGACUGCCGGUGGAUCACCGCGCUGCACUACGCCUUCCAAGACGAGAGCUACCUGUACCUAGUCAUGGAUUACUACGUGGGUGGUGAUUUGCUGACCCUGCUCAGUAAAUUUGAAGACAAGCUUCCAGAAGACAUGGCCAGAUUCUACAUCGGCGAGAUGGUGCUGGCCAUCGACUCCAUCCAUCAGCUCCAUUAUGUGCACAGAGACAUUAAACCUGACAACGUCCUUCUGGACGUGAAUGGUCACAUCCGCCUGGCCGACUUUGGAUCGUGCUUGAAGAUGAACGAUGAUGGCACUGUGCAGUCCUCUGUGGCCGUGGGCACACCCGACUACAUCUCGCCGGAGAUCCUGCAGGCGAUGGAGGACGGCAUGGGCAAGUACGGCCCCGAGUGCGACUGGUGGUCCCUGGGCGUCUGCAUGUACGAAAUGCUUUACGGAGAGACGCCGUUCUACGCGGAGUCACUCGUGGAAACCUACGGCAAGAUCAUGAACCACGAAGAGCGGUUCCAGUUCCCGUCCCACAUCACGGACGUCUCCGAGGAGGCGAAAGACCUCAUUCAGAGGCUGAUCUGCAGCCGCGAGCGCCGGCUCGGGCAGAACGGCAUCGAGGACUUCAAAAAGCACGCGUUCUUUGAAGGGCUGAACUGGGAGAACAUACGGACCCUGGAAGCCCCGUACGUCCCCGACGUGAGCAGUCCUUCCGACACAUCCAACUUCGACGUGGAUGACGACGUGCUGAGAAACGUCGACAUGCUGCCUCCUGGCUCCCACUCGGGCUUCUCCGGGCUGCAUCUGCCCUUCAUCGGCUUUACGUUCACAACGGAAAGCUGUUUUUCUGACCGAGGCUCUCUGAAGAGCGCCUUGCAGUCCAGCACGCUGGCCAAGGACGAGGCGGUGCAGCGGGAUUUAGAGAACAGCCUGCAGGUCGAAGCGUACGAGCGAAGGAUACGCAGGCUAGAGCAGGAGAAGCUGGAGCUGGGCAGGAAGCUGCAAGAGUCCACCCAGACCGUCCAGUCCCUCCACGGGUCAGCGCGGGCCCUGGGCACUUCAGCCCGAGAUAAAGAAAUCAAAAGGUUGAAUGAAGAAAUCGAACGCUUGAAGAAUAAAGUAGCAGAUUCAAAUAGGCUUGAGCGACAACUGGAGGACACAGUGACGCUUCGCCAGGAGCACGAGGAUUCCGCGCAGCGGCUGAAGGGCCUGGAGAAGCAGUGCCGCGUGCUGCGGCAGGAAAAGGAGGACCUGCACAAGCAACUGGCCGAGGCUUCGGAGCGCUUGAAGUCCCAGGCCAGGGAGCUCAGGGAUGCGCAGCAGCAGCGGAAGCUCGCCCUGCAGGAGUUCUCGGAGCUCAACGAGCGCAUGGCGGAGCUGCGGGCCCAGAAGCAGAAGGUGUCCCGGCAGCUGCGAGACAAGGAGGAGGAGGUGGAGGUCGCCAUGCAGAAAGUCGACGCCAUGCGGCAGGACGUCCGCAGGUCUGAGAAGCUCAGGAAAGAGCUGGGCGCUCAGCUCGAGGACGCCGUGGCCGAGGCCUCCAAGGAGCGCAAGCUCCGUGAGCACAGCGAGAGCUUCUCCAAGCAAAUAGGAAGUGAGCUCGAGGCCCUCAAGACAAAGCAAGGAGUCCGGGGACCAGCUGCCACCUUAGAACAUCAGCAGGAGAUUUCUAAAAUAAAGUCCGAGCUUGAGAAGAAAAUCUUGUUUUAUGAAGAGGAGUUGGUCAGACGUGAAGCCUCCCACGUGCUGGAAGUAAAAAACGUGAAAAAGGAGGUGCACGACUCCGAAAGCCACCAGCUGGCCCUGCAGAAGGAGAUCCUAAUGCUGAAAGACAAACUGGAGAAGUCGAAGCGAGAACGGCACAGUGAGAUGGAGGAGGCCGUCGGCACGGUGAAGGACAAAUACGAACGAGAACGAGCUCUGCUGUUUGAGGAAAACAAGAAGUUAACCGCCGAAAACGAGAGGCUCUGCUCCUUUGUGGAUAAGCUCACGGCUCAGAACAGACAGCUGGAGGAUGAGCUGCAGGACCUGGCGGCCAAGAAGGAGUCGGCGGCCCACUGGGAAGCCCAGGUCGCGGAGAUCAUCCAGUGGGUCAGCGAUGAGAAAGACGCCCGGGGCUACCUUCAGGCCCUCGCCUCCAAGAUGACGGAAGAGCUCGAGGCCCUGCGGAGUUCCAGCCCGGGGCCCAGGCUGGACCCCCUCUGGAAAGUGCGCCGCAGCCAGAAGCUGGACAUGUCGGCACGGCUGGAGCUGCAGUCGGCGCUGGAGGCAGAGAUCCGGGCCAAACAGCUCGUGCAGGAGGAGCUGCGGCGGGCCAAGGACUCGGCGCUCUCCUUUGAAAGUAAACUAAAGGAUUCGGAAGCCAAAAAUAGAGAAUUGUUAGAAGAAAUGGAAAUUUUGAAGAAGAAGAUGGAAGAAAAAUUUAGAGCAGAUACUGGACUCAAACUUCCAGAUUUUCAGGAUUCUAUUUUUGAGUAUUUCAACACUGCUCCUCUCGCACACGAUCUGACAUUUCGAACGAGCUCAGCUAGUGAACAAGAAACACAAGCUCCAAAGCCAGAAGUGUCCCCGUUGACAUCCGUGGCCGCAAGCACAGAACAGCAGGAAGACAUGGCUCGGGCCCCGCAGAGGCCGCCCUCCGGGCCGCUGCCCCCGUCACAAGCCCUCACUCUGGCUGGACCGAAGCCCAAAGCUCACCAGUUCAGCAUCAAGUCCUUCUCCAGCCCCACGCAGUGCAGCCACUGCACCUCCCUGAUGGUGGGGCUGAUCCGGCAGGGCUACGCCUGCGAGGUGUGCUCGUUCGCUUGCCACGUCUCCUGCAAGGACAGCGCUCCGCAGGUGUGCCCCAUCCCUCCCGAGCAGUCCCGGCGGCCCCUCGGCGUGGACGUGCAGAGAGGCGUGGGCACCGCCUACAAGGGCUACGUGAAGGUCCCAAAGCCUACCGGGGUGAAGAAGGGGUGGCAGCGGGCAUACGCGGUCGUCUGUGACUGUAAGCUCUUUCUCUACGACCUGCCUGAGGGGAAGUCCACCCAGCCCGGCGUCGUCGCCAGCCAGGUCUUGGAUCUCAGAGAUGAAGAGUUCUCCGUGAGCUCGGUCCUGGCCUCGGACGUCAUCCACGCUUCCCGCCGAGACGUUCCGUGCAUAUUCAGGGUGACGGCGUCUCUCUUAGGUACCCCGUCUAAGACCAGCUCACUGCUCAUUCUGACGGAGAACGAGAACGAGAAGAGGAAGUGGGUCGGGAUCCUGGAAGGGCUGCAGUCGAUCCUCCACAAGAACCGCCUGCGGAACCAGGCGGUGCACACGCCGCAGGAGGCCUACGACAGCGCGCUGCCCCUCAUCAAGGCCGUGCUGGCCGCCGCCAUCCUGGAUGGCGAUAGGAUUGUGGUCGGCUUAGAAGAAGGUCUCUAUGUCAUAGAGGUGACCCGUGAUGUGAUCGUCCGCGUCGCCGACUACAAGAAAGUGUACCAGAUCGAGCUUGCUCCCGGAGAGAAGGUGGCGGCUGUUCUCUGCGGCCGCAGCCGCCACGUCCACCUCUGCCCCUGGUCUGCCUUCGACGGGGCAGAAGGCAGCGUCGACGUCAAGCUCCCAGAGACAAAGGGCUGCCAGCUCAUGGCGGUCGGGACGAUGAAGAGGGGCUCCGCCACCUGCCUGUUUGUGGCGGUGAAGCGGCUGGUCCUCUGCUACGAGGUCCAGAGGACUAGGCCUUUCCACAGGAAGUUCAGUGAGGUCGUGGCCCCUGGCACUGUGCAGUGGAUGGCCGUGGUCAAGGACAAGCUCUGUGUCGGCUACCCUUCCGGGUUCUCGCUGCUGAGCACCCAGGGAGACGGGCCGGCUGUGACCCUGGUAAAUCCCGGUGACCCCUCGCUUGCCUUCCUGUCCCAGCAGUCUUUUGACGCCCUUUGUGCUGUGGAGCUCAAAAGCGAGGAGUACCUGCUUUGCUUCAGCCACAUGGGACUGUACGUGGACCCACAAGGCCGGAGGUCACGCAUGCAGGAGCUCAUGUGGCCUGCGGCGCCUGUCGCCUGUAGUUGCAGCCCGUCACACGUCACGGUGUACAGCGAGUACGGCGUGGACGUCUUUGACGUGCGCACCAUGGAGUGGGUCCAGACCAUCGGCCUGCGGAGGAUACGGCCCCUGAACUCAGAAGGCACCCUCAACCUCCUCAACUGUGAGCCCCCACGCCUAAUCUACUUCAAGAGCAAGGUCUCGGGUGCGGCGCUCAGCGUGCCGGACACCUCCGAUAACAGCAAGAAGCAGAUGCUUCGCACGCGAAGCAAGCGGCGCUUCGUCUUCAAGGUGCCGGAGGAGGAGAGGCUGCAGCAGCGGCGGGAGAUGCUUCGAGACCCGGAACUGAGAUCCAAAAUGAUUUCCAACCCAACCAACUUCAACCAUGUGGCCCACAUGGGCCCGGGCGACGGGAUGCAGGUGCUCAUGGACCUGCCUCUGAGCGCUGUGCCCCUCUCCCAGGAGGAAAGGCCCGGCCCUGCUCCCAGCAGCCUGUCCCGGCAGCCCCCGCCCAGGACCAAGCCCUACGUCUCCUGGCCGUCGUCAGGUGGACCCGAGCCUGGAGUGGCCGUGCCUCUGAGAAGCAUGUCGGAUCCCGACCAGGACUUUGACAAAGAGCCUGAUUCCGAUUCCACCAAACACUCGACUCCAUCCAACAGCUCCAACCCCAGUGGCCCUCCGAGCCCCAACUCCCCCCACAGGAGCCAGCUCCCUCUCGAAGGCCUGGAGCAACCGGCUUAUGAUGCCUGAAGCCACCGCCUCACCACCACGGGCCAGGGAGCCAAGGGUGGCCUCCAACACCAGUGCCAAGACUGAGCUGACCCUCCAGUGUUGUCCGAGGAAAUGUAGAAUCACUUUGUGGAUAUGGAGAUGGAAAAAAGUCUCUCUGGCUAACAGUGAUCGGUUUCAGGCCGCGUUGUUCGUGGCAGGAGACCGGACCCUUCGCCUACGCAGCUGUGAGGUGAGGUGACGCUGUUCCGUUUGCACACGAGGGGCCAGCACCCGGCCUCCUCCGCCCAGAACAAGCCGAGAGGUCCCAGGGGGCCCUGGCACCGCUCUGCUCAGGAAGCGGACGGCCCCGGUCACGAGCCUGCGCCCUCCGUCCCCAAACUGCUUCCUGGGACUGCGGAGAGUGUGGGAGAGCUGUGCCGUUCGCGCCGUCACUAGAAUGUCAAAGACAGGAAAGAGGAAGUUGGUUAGUGGCCUUUUAUUCAUUUUGCCAUCAGAGUCAGGUGCAGAAGCCCUUCUGCCAACCUUGUGGCCAUGGAUGAGGCGCAUUACGAGUGACGCCCGCCCUACCCUGGGUCCCCUGUGUUAGUCCAUUCCCGGUCACAACCACGAAGUGUCGCCAGUAAACUACUGUGAAGUCAGCUGUGCUGUUCCCCGCUCGCUUUCACAGCCUCUGCCCCUGCCAUAAAGUGGACAGUGCAGCCAGCCAGGCCCCGGGCCGCUGGGCGAGGAGGCCAGAGGCCUAGGUGCCCAAGGGCAGGCUACGAGACGCCCCACCCGCCCGGUCCUGCCCCUGCAUGGAGCCCCGUGAUUGGUUCCCGUGUGGAUCAUUAGCCUCACCUAGUACUGCUGCACAUUGUCCCUGCCCAGGCGUGGUCAGCUCCUCACCUGUGUUCACUCUGCCCUCCGUGUCACGUGUGAGUCAUCGGGUUGGCGGGCCGUCGGAAGCGGCCGGCACACAGCUCGUUCGCGGCCCAGCACGGGCUUUUCCCUGCUCUCCCGCCAGUCGACGUUCUUGGAGCGCUGGAUGAGACAUGCACUUACCUGGAGUCAGCACUGAGUGACGUGGCUGCCACCGGCCCGCCUGCGGGUGUCACGCACCUAGCACCUGCCCACCUACCCACGCCCUGAGCCUUCUGCUGGGGCUGGCACCUGCUGGGGCUUCUGGUUUUUACUUUUUUAAUGUAAGUCUGAGUCUUUGUAAUUAUUGAAUCGUGAGAACAUUUUUGAACAAUUUACCUGUCAAUAAAGCAGAAGGCACAGUUUUAAAGUU